ACAGGUUGCCUUAGCUGUUGAAGGAGAACCUGCACCUCUUCCAGAAAAGCCUGGAAGCCACAAGGGCCCUGGGAGUCCGGACAAGCUUGGAAAGUGUAGCUUUGGGAGCACUGCCUUAGAGUGACCUCUGGUGUCCUGGCCUAGGGCGUCUCCCAGAGAAAGCAGAUCUGCAAUGCUGGUCAAGGUCUUCCUCGCUUUCUGGGGCUGGUGAAAUGCAUCUCAGUUGUGUUUUGGUGGAGGAAUACAGUGGAUACUCAUCCACCAAUCAAUGGAAGAAUCACCAAAGUUCAUGUUUGGCAACUUUGAGUGUCAUGGGGAAUGAAAGAUUGUUCCACCUCAUAAUUCCUGGGUCUGUGAUUAGUGGUGACAACCACCUCUUAGCCCUACUGGGGACAGCUGCUCUGCUGCGUGCUCGUGGUUUCAGAUGUGGGCGGCCUGUGCUCGCAUCACUGGUUGCUGCAGUUAUCUCCGGACUCGGGCUGAGAGGCUUUGCAGGGACAGUCGGAGGCAAGUCACCUGCAGGUCUGGAGGGUUGGGGCCCCUCAGCCUUGACGUGGGAUCUGGCCGAUGCAUCUGGGAAGGUCGGACCUUGGAGAACGGGGCCCUGAUGCGGGACAUGGGCACCUGGCUGCUGAUCUGCUCCUGCAUCUGCACCUGGGUCGGCUUGGGGGCCUCUGCACCAGGGGAAGGAGGAGGGACCGCCUGUCAGGGUGUCAGCUGCCAGAGCCUCACCGUCACCCAUUCCCGCCCUGGAGCAGCAGCUACUGUGUCACUUUCCCCAGGGCCAGGUGCUGGGACUGUCACCUGCCUCAACAACAACAUCCUGAGGAUUGACUGCCACUGGUCUGCCCCAGAGCCAAGCCAGGGGGCCAAGUCAUGGCUCCUCUUCACCAGCAAGCACGGGCCAGGCAGCAAGCACAGGUGUGUCUUCCAAGCCAGCGUGUGCAGCGUGCUGCUUCCCCCUGAGGAGGUGCUGGUGCCUUCUGACAGCUUCUCCAUCACUUUGCACCAUGACGUGUCUGGGGAGGAGCAGGUCAGCCUGGUGGACUCACAGUACCUGCCCCGGAGACAUGUGAAGCUGGACCCUCCUUUGGACUUGAAUAGCAAUGUCAGCUCUGGCAACUGUGCCCUGACCUGGAGCAUCAGUCCUGCCUUGGAGCCACUGACCUCACUCCUCAGCUAUGAACUGGCCUUCAAGAAACAGGAAGAGACUUGGGAGCAGGCCCGGUACAAGGAUCGCAUUUUUGGGGUGACCUGGCUCAUCCUGGAAGCUGUUGAGCUGGACCCUGGCUCCAGCUAUGAGGCCAGGCUGCGUGUCCAGAUGGCCACACCGGAGGAUGAAGUGGCAGAGGAGGAGCGCUUUGAGGGCCUGUGGAGUGAGUGGAGCCAGGCCGUGAGCUUCCGCUCUCCCUGGAUAAGAGGCCGCCUGACACCUGCUUUGGGGAAGCCCCACGGCACCCUUGUUGCUGUCUUCAUCUUUUUCCUGCUGACCAGUUUGACCUUUGUCCUGUUCAAGCUGUCACCCAGCUCUCUGUUUUCUGGAAUGCGCCCUGCAGACUCCAGCUGUUUGGUCUCCCUGGAUGCUCUGCCUCCUCAGCGCAGUUCCCAGGGCUCCCUGCACCACAGCCUCCAUCAAGGGAGGAAGCAGGGACAAACUCUCCUUCUCCCAGGGAGCACUGUCCUUCAUUUUCUGGUGUCUAAAAACUUAAAAACCAUGUUUCAGAUGUUUUGUCCUGUGUUUUGGUUAUUUCAGACAGAGGGGUAAACCCGGUCCCUGUUACUCCUUCUUUGCCAGAAACAAGUCCAUAUUACAGGCUAAAGCAGUAUUUAUUAUGUUUUUAUUCCCAAAUAGAAAUAACCCUGUUUUUUUCUGAUUAGAAACUCUUUUAGUGACUCAUUAGAGAAAAUGAGAUUACAAAUAUGAAAAGAAUUAAAAAUUACCAGUAAUCCUAUCACCCAGAAAUGACAGUCACUAAACUCUGAGUCCAAGACCACAUUAUCCCACAGCCCCUGGAGCAUAGUAGGUGCUCAGUAAAUGUUUGUCAACUGACAGAUUUUUUCUAUGUUGACAAUAAUCACCAUUUCACAUUCUGUUUAUUUAUUUAACACAUAUUUACUCAGCCAUGAAUGGCUUAGGAUGUUAAAUGUAUUAAGCAUUUGGUUGCAAUAGUUUUCAACUAAAUUGGAGAAAAUCCAUCUGUGGACAUCCACUAAAACAGAAAUUCCUGAGUAUUUAUGUAAUUUGGAUUAAAAUAGCCUCUUCUAAUUAAAUGUAUUUCUAGGAAAUUUUCUUCACUUAUUAAUUUUACUUAGUUUACUUAGGAAAACUUUUGAACUGAUUGGAGUGCUCAGUAAAAUCUUCUACCAUCCUCUGAAUGAAACGAGCUAUUUAAAUGAGUGUCUGUUACAGAACAGUCUUUAUUCUAACCUUUCUGCACAGCCUGUGGCUCUCAUUAAUAUGCCUUUUGCCACUGAAGUUUCAGCUUUUACUUCUUCACUCUGAAAUGGCAAAUACAGUUCUCAGAGGUGCCAAGCGUUGCUGACACUGAGUUCUGCUGUGUAGUUGACCACCUGCUGCUCUGCUGUGCAUCCAGUUUUGUCUCGCAGGGGACUGGGGAGUCCUAGAGGGAACAGGAAAAACCUUCCUCUCUUGCCAUUGCAGUACAUUUUUAUGGUGCUUCAUCCCCAUUGCUCCACCCCCCCACUAACUGCACCCCAUGCCUUUGCAGAUGGUAAGUUCUUAGUUUCUCUAUAUGCACCAGGAAUCAUGGCGUUCACUCAAGAUACCACAGAGGUGCAGUAUUUUAAUCCUGGGGGGCGUGGCAGAAGCUGCAACUGCUCUGCUGGGGAUGUGGCUGCGCUGUUGAAGCUUCCAGCAGCUGGGCAGUCCUGGGGGACCCAGAGUACACAGGAGACCUGGGGAUGGCAGGGACCAGGACCGAGUCAUUCACAAGUGAAGGACCAACUGCUAUGGACCAGAAUUUGGUUGCUGCUUGGCCCACAGAUGGGCUGGAGGUAAAUUUCAUGUUAUUCAUUUAAGUAUAAGACAAGAAAGUACAGGGCAGCUUUAUGAGUAGGACUUGUCAGAGCUUUGUAAUAGAGGAAACAAAGUCCUUGGGAGAUGGGCGUCAGGGUGAGAGGUGGAGGGAGUCAGCUGCUACGAGGCAGGCUUACGAUAGAUUAGUAAAGAGCAGGAAUCAAGCCACCAGAAAUUCGAGUGGGUAUCCAAGGAUUCAAAAGGGUAGAAGGGCCAGAGAAGUCAGGUGUGUUAGCUGCAACAUUCACAUUCAACAAACAUUUAUUGAACACCUAUUAUGUAUGAGGUCUUUCUUUAUUUCAUGUCUUAGUUUAUCAACAGAUGAUUGUGACAUUGGUAUUGAUGCUCAGACUGUACUGUUAAGGGAGACGAGCUCUGCGAUACCAAGUGGCGGAGCCAGUUGAGGCCAAGUCAGUUCCAAGUGUUCUUGUCACUUCUCCACACAGAGCUGAGAAGGUCUCCUGCAGGAUGCAUGGGCCAGCAGUGCCACAUUAUAAAAGGUGACUCAUAGCCUUCCUUGAAUGGACUCUUGAGCUGUUGGAAACCCAACAAUAGUGUUCUAUUUUACUUUCUUUAAAAAUAAAAGUAAUACAUGUGCAUGGUAAAAAUUUCAAAUGGUACUGAAUGGUAUAAAAUUAGUAUUUUUUCUCUCCAUCAUCUCCAUUCUUACUUCUAAUACUGCUCUCCAAAAGCUACACACCUGGCAGUGUUCUCAGUGCCUACUAUACACAGUGUUUUUGUGAUUUGUAGUGAUAUUUAAUACACAAGAUGGUCAGAAAACUGAAAGCUGUGUCAUGAGAGCAAAAUUGAAGGACCUAGAAAGGCUCACUGUGCAGAAGAGUAGUCUCUGGGGGGCCAGAGUGGCGUCAUCAGGUAUGUGGGGGACAGGCAUGUGGGGGAAGGACUGAUCCUGUCCCAGAUGACUCUGGCUGCCACAGUUGGAAGCAGUGGCAUGAGUAAUGUCGCAGAGGCAGGUUUUAGCUCAGCACAAGGAAGGACACAGGGCCAUGUCAGUAAACCACCUCCUCCAGGAAGUAUUCGAGCAGAGGUUUACACAGCCACUUAACAAGGACAUGGUCAUGAUAGCAGAAGCCCCAGGGAAAGGUUUCCAGUCUCCAGGUCAUGCGAGUGGGUGUUAAAAAUCAAUUUAGAGGAACACUCUUACAUGAAUAUAAUAGAACACAAGACCCUAGAACACAUCAUAUGUAAUGGUCUCUGUGUUGUUUACUUUUCCUUUGUGUGGUGGGCUGUCUGUACACUGGUCGCGAUGUAAAAUGCAUUUCUUACUUGAGAUUCCAACAAAUUGGAAAGCUACUCUGCGUGGUGACCACCAAGAAGCUUCUAGCACUCAUUCUGUGAGGGUCUGGACUGUAUGUCAGGAGACCCAGGUCCUCCCUUAGCCCCAUAGUCACAACUAAUUAUCCAUCUCAACUUAAGUUUCCCCAUUCGUGUAACAUGGCUCAAGGCCAUUUAGAACUUUAGAGUGGUCAAAGUCUAUUUUUGACCCUAUGAACAUUCAUUUAUUCAGCACAUACUGCUUGAGUAAGGCCUUCUCCAUGUCAGCCACUGUUCUAGGCAUGGGGACACAGAUUACACUGAACAAAACAGACCAAAACAAGCCCCUGCCCCUAGUGAGGCUUACCUUCUAGUUAGGAUAGACAGGAAGGUUAGAAGUGAAUCACGGUGCAUGUUAGACAGCAAUGUGUGCCAGGUGCUAAGGAAGAAACAGUCAGGGGAGAGGGCUAUGAAGUAUUGGAUAGAGGGCUGAGGGUUUAGGUGGGGUGGCUGGGGAGGCUGACUACAGAAGGUAACUUUUGUGGACCUGAUAAGAAUGAGGGUGCUAGCCAUGUGGAUAUCUGGAGAAGAGGGUCCAGGGAGAGGGAAAGAGCAGUGUGAAGGCCGUGAGCUGUAAAUGUGCCUGGCAUGUCCUGGAACAGCAGGGCGCCCAUUGUGGCUGGAGGGCAGUGAGGAAAGUAGUAGAAGAAACUGGAGAGGCACAAGAAGCACAGGGCAAGCUGUGUGGGAGAGAGCAGGGUUGUCCAAAUCCGCCUCCAGUUCCUUUUGUUGCUUGGUAUUACCUAUCCCCUCGCAGUUUCAGGACCAAGUGGGUGCUCUCAAAACUGAGAUCCUGUGCAGGCCCGAUGUUACUAGCA